AUGAGAAACCACACAGCCAUAACUACCUUCAUCCUCCUGGGACUAACAGAUGACCCACAACUACAGAUUCUGCUUUUCAUAUUUCUAGUAAUCGCCUACCUGCUGAGUGUAACAGGAAACAUGACCAUCAUCCUCCUAGUUUUAGUGGAUAACCACCUUAAGACAGCAAUGUACUAUUUUCUCCAAAAUUUUUCCAUCUUGGAAAUUUCAUUCACUUCUGCCUGCGUUCCUAGAUUUUUGUACAGUAUAUCAACAGGUGACAGGACCAUUACCUAUAAUGCUUGCCUAAGCCAACUAUUUUUUAUAUAUUUGUUUGCCAUAGUACAAUUUUUUCUUCUGACCAUCAUGUCCUAUGACCGGUAUGUGGCCAUCUGCAAACCCCUGCACUAUGUGACCAUCAUGAACCGCAGGGUCUGCAGAAGGCUUGUCAUAGGCUGUUGGAUGGUGACUUUGUUGCUGAUAUGCCCACUACUUAUUUUGACCCUGGGCCUGGAGUUCUGUGACUCCAAUGCCAUCGACCACUUUGGCUGUGAUGCGAACCCUCUGAUGAAGAUCUCAUGCUCAGAUACAUGGCUCUUAGAGCAGAUGGUUGUUAUCUGUUCGGUGCUGAUCUUCAUCCUGACUCUCGUGUGUGUGGUUUUGUCCUAUGUUUAUAUCAUCAGAACAAUCCUGAGGUUCCCAUCAGCGCAGCAAAGGAAGAAGGCGUUUUCCACCUGCUCCUCCCACAUGAUUGUGCUUUCUCUCUCCUACGGCAGCUGCAUCUUUAUCUACAUUAAACCUUCAGCCAAGGAUGACAUGACCAUGAAUAAGGGGAUCGCGUUACUAACUACUUCCAUCUCCCCCAUGUUGAACCCUUUUAUUUAUACUCUCAGGAACAAACAGGUGAUUCAGGCCUUUAAUGACUUAGUCACAAAACUGUAUUCCUCCCAAGGAACUAGAGGAAUGUUCAAGUAA